AUGGAUCCAGAAACCAUAGAAGAGUUCAGAGAAAUACUUAUGAGAACUACUUUUCCUCCUGUUGAAGUAGUCACUGCAAGGUCUAUCAAAUCGGAAUUCGAAGCCUCCUUCAAAGACAAACUUGACGACGAGCACAUCAGAACCUUCAUUGAUCGUGUGAACAAUAUGGACAACUCCCUCGAGCAAUUCUCCGUUGAUAUCAAGCUGCUCAAAGAUCAAAUCGAGCAGAUCGGAUAUGAUAAGAGUUCCUCUGAAAAUCUUGAGAAAGUCGAGCAAGAAGAUAUCCAACUCGAUCGCACGAGUGAUAGACUGAAUCUCACUGCUUCGUCGGUCGAUCGAAUGGACAACAAGGUAGAUCGACACGAUAUCAAAGUCGAUAGAUACGAUACUAAAGUCGACAAUCUCGAAAGAAAGAUCCAAGAUUUCAGUAAACAAGUAAUAACUUAUGAAGAGCGAUUGGAAGAGGUCAAUCAAUCAAUGGAGGAAUUGAAGAAGGAAAUUGAAAAUUUGGAGAGGGACUUGUAG